AGGGGUCAGAGGGGCGCGAGACUUGUCUUUCAGCAGACGAUACAGAUAGGUCUGCCGACCGUGAUUUUGGCUUGCUUCACAGUAUCGACAAGUCGAACGUUUCCUUCAGUACACAUGAUGGCGAGUAUUCGACACUUUGCCAUUCGCACCUUGGCUGUGGGGCUCCUAUCGACGACGGCCUCCUACAUAACUGGUGUAUUAUCACAGGAGGUCGGGGAUUCUGUGAUGCGUGGAAUGGAGACCAAGCUGUCCGAGAAGAACGUUCAUAGGGCCUCGCCGCAGGUCGCGAGCGUUGCAAAGAUACGGAAGGAGCUCAGCACUUGCACAAAGGAUGCAGGGCGUCUGGGCGAGGUCGUAGAAAGGCUGAAGCGCGCGCUUGACACCCAGAUCGCUGUACUCGGACCGCAGGACUUGGAGGUUUCGGCGACCCUUCUCGUGCUGGAUUGGUGCGUGCAAGAGGCGGGGCACGUCGAUGAAGCUCAAGAGUAUUUUACCCGAGUACUUGAACUCGGGACUGGAACGCUUGGCCCGGACGAUGUGCAGGUCGCCAAGCUAAGACACGCUCUGGCUGAGUGUUUGAACGCUGCAGGGGGGCGGGAGGAGGAGGCGCUGGCUUUCAAGUUUGGAGGAAUUGCCACAGAAGUUGAGGAGUUGUUUGAUCUGGCGGGCGGGGGUCCAAGCACGGACGUGCUCCUCUUUCUUGGCCGCGAACAAGCAAUGGCGGGGUUGAUGAUGGAGGCGCAAGGGUCGUUCAGACGGGCGUUGGUCAAGGAAAAUAAAGAGUUGAAACCUGACGAUCUCAAGGUGUCGGCAACACUUUUUGAGCUAGCACAAUGCAUCUGGAAGUCCGGCGAUCGCUUUGAGGAAGCGGGAGAGACGUUGAAGCGGGCGUUGAGCAUCCAGGUGGCACAACUUGGACCGGACGAUCUGCAGGUCGCCGACACUCUUGUGUUUCUGGGCCAAUGUGCCAUGAUGGAAGAUGGACGGCUGGCCGAAGCGGAAGAGGCGUUCAGGCGAGCGUUGGACAUCCGGAUGGCCAAGCUCGGGCCAGGUGACAUAGAGGUUUCAAACGCCCUCGUCAUACUGAGCUCAUGCGUACGAGAGAUGGGGAGGCUGGGCGAGGCACGACAGACGCUCGAGCGGGCUAUCGGCAUACAGACAAACACGCUCGGUCCUCACGACGUGUGGGUAGCAUCCAUGCUGCACAAGGCGGGGGUGUUGGAGCGGGGUAUGGGGCAGGGCGAGGAGGCGGCAGCGUUGUUCAGGCGAGCACUGGACAUCACGAUGAACGGGCCCGGCAUGGACAAUUUGGGGGUUGCCGACACUCUCGUCGAGCUCGGCCAGUGCGUACUGAAGGCGGGGCAGGCGGCGGAGGCGGCAGAGCUGUUCGAACGUGCGUUGGGCAUCCGGACGGUAUGGGUCGGCCCGGACGACCCUCUAGUUGAUGAGGUACUGCUUCUGAGGGGAUUGUGCAUAUUGGAACUGGGAGCGCCUGUAUAG